UAAUAAAACAGGAAGUAUCAGUUUUAUUUGUGCUUCCCAAAAUCAUCGUCGACCCAGAAAACUAUCAGAAACAGGGAGUGUGACACAAACCAGGUGUGAGACAUGUCUGUCACGGUGGAAAACGGGAAAGGAGUGACUGUGAUCACUGUGCUGGGGGACAAGAACAGCAUGCUUCCUCCAGUGUGUCAGAUCCUCAAAGCUCUCUGCUACAGUCCCAAGUUCUGGUCCGCAAAGUCAAGGAUGAUGCAGACAGGUGUGACUGCAGCUCUCGGGACUAUACAGAUCAUGGUGGGCUUGCUCAGCAUUGGACUCGGGCCGGGCCGAACAAGUAUGCACCCUGAAGACUUUGCCCAUUUAGGAGUUGCUUACUGGCUGGGUGGUGUGUUCCUCGUGUCUGGACUCACCUCUGUCCAUGCUGGGUGGUUCUCCUCUGUUUGUUCAGUGGGCUUCGCUGUGUUCAUGAACAUAGUGGGAGCCAUCUUCUCCAUCGUUGGCAUCGUGAUGUACAGCAUUGACCUGAGUGAAACCAAUGAUUUUUACUUGUACGACAUGAGAGAGCUUUACAGACGUUUGGUGUCAGCAAUGGACAUCACGAUGAUCAUCCUGACUGUUCUCCAGCUGUGUGUUUGCAUCAGCUUUGCUGUUCUGGGCAUCAAAGCUCUGAUCAACAGGAAGAAAGAAGAGGACGCCAAAAGUGCAGAAGAUCAGCUGCCACAACUGGAAAAAGUCCCCCUCACCAGUCCUGGGGCUUAAAACCAUUUUAAAUAAACACAAUGUCAUGAGUUUCUUCAUUAA